AUGACUGUCAAAACAAAAACUUUAAUUCGCUCGGGCAAAAGAAUUCGCUGCACAACUGAUUAUUCAUCAUUUAUUUGUUUACAAACUGUUGCAAUCAUAAAUAUCGUUUACUAUAAAUUUCUUAUUUUAUUUUUAUUACAAAUAUUUCAUACAAUGUUGAAGCCGGGGGUUUUUAAACAUAUAAAUUGUCGCAACAAUAUUUAUCCAAAAAGCAAUGUGCAACGUACCAGGGUACCCGAUGACUUGAUUGAUUGGUCGAAGUCUUUUCCAGAUUAUGACGCAGUAAAUUAUACUGCACCUCAUAUUGAUAAACAGAGCUGGGCUGAUCCAAAUAUAAGUAAUAGUAGCAUUAAGCUUUUGUGGAAUCAAUUAGAUGGAAAUAUUAAUCGUGUAUCACAUCAUGGCAAAUAUACAGUAACAAAUAAUGUACCGCUUAAUCCAUUUGGCAGAACCGGCUUACAAGGUCGUGGUCUAUUAGGUCGUUGGGGUCCAAAUCAUGCUGCAGACCCAAUCGUUACACGUUGGAAAAGAGAUGAUGCAGGAACUAAAGUAAUUGACGCUGCAAGCCAAAAUUAUGUAUUACAAAUGGUUGCCAUACAAAGGCACGAUAAUAAAAUGUGGGCCAUACCGGGUGGCAUGGUAGAUCCUGGUGAAAAAGUAAGCACAACUUUAAAAAGAGAAUUUAUGGAAGAAGCGCUGGAUAGUUUUGAAUGUAAAACAAUGAUUGAAAAUUUUUUUGAACAAGGCUUUGAGAUUUAUACAGGAUACGUAGAUGAUUUUCGUAAUACAGAUAAUGCUUGGAUGGAGACAGUCGCUUAUAAUUUUCAUGAUGAUGAUGGUACACAAGUUGGUAAACUUCAACUUUCAGCGGGUGAUGAUGCAGCUAAUGUUAAGUGGAUGGACAUUAACAAAAGUAUUAAAUUACACGCAAAUCAUAUUGAUAUUGUGGAGCAAGUUGUCAAACGUUUAAACGCAUUUUGGUAGUUUUAAUAAGAUAUUUAUUCGAUUUUUUAGGCUCAUUUUCAGUUUGCCCUCCGCUUUUUAUAUUGUUAAUUUUUUAUGAUCAAAUUAAACUUUUAAACACAUAAUUGAACAAUUUAUUUCAACAGUUAGUAUAACCUCAGAGUAUA